AUGAUUGUCAUUAUUGUGUUGCCUCUACUUGUAAUACAAGACGAAAAUUUCAAGGGCUUCACUAGCUUUUCCAAGAUGGCGCUCAGUACAGCGCGUAGAGCGAAACAAAAGAAGAAAACAAGAACAAAGAAAUUGAAAAAACGAAAACACUCACAUUUUGGUUGUUCGAAGGAGCAUGGUACAGAUGGCCAAAUACUUAACGCCAAUCAUAAACGACCAGAAUCCCCACAGAAGAGCACAGGCAACACGGUCGAAUCAAACCACAACGACAAAAAGGCCGCGCCGAAGGCUAAGACGGUAUAUGCUCGACAAAAUCCUGAUGACUUGUGCAACACGCAAAUACAGACCAUAACCUCGAACUCCGACUGCCAAUCUACACAGGCUGAAAUCGAUGUAGACCAAGUGACACUUGCCUCAUAUCAGAGUCAACCACAUGUAGCUAAGACAAUGGACCCUUGCUUUAACUCACUGUCAAAUGAAUCUGAACAAUCUACACUGAGUCAGCAAAAUAAAAAGCAAAACAACCCGAGUUGAGGGAAAGCUUGCAAUCGAAUACAACCAUCCUUUAUUUUGAAACCGAUGACAGACAUAAAGGGCGUUUGAGUAAUGUUGUAGUUAGAAGUACAUGUGAAUGAGCAAAAGUUAUGAAGCCAAGGCAUGGCGAAAUUGUGCAAUUAUUCGCUAAUGUUUUGGAGUG